CCGACUCCCACCUCCCCGCCGGGCGGCCAGACGGCUCCGUCCCUCCUCGCCGCCUCCGAGCAGCACCAUGGCCUGGCUGCGGCUGGCCGCCUUCGCCCUGCUCUGCUCGGCCUGGCCCUCGCUGGCCCAGACGUCGGAGGGCUGCCCGCCCUGCGCGCCCGCCCGCUGCCCCCCGCUGCCCGCCCGGGGCUGCCCGCUGGGCCAGGUGCGCGACGGCUGCGGCUGCUGCCUGCAGUGCGCGCGGGGCGAGGGCGAGGCUUGCGGCGGCGGGCCGGGCGGCGGCUGGGGACGCUGCGCCACGGGCCUGGAGUGCCGCCGUCGGCGCAAGGGCCAGGCCGGGGCGUGCGUCUGCAAGAGCCGCUACCCGGUGUGCGGCAGCGACGGCCUCACCUACCCCAGCGCCUGCCAGCUGCGCGCCGCCAGCCUCCGCGCCCAGAGCCGAGGCGACGCAGCCGUCGAGCAGCGCAGCAAGGGACCCUGCGAACAAGGACCCUCCAUUGUGACACCUCCUAAAGACAUCUGGAAUGUCACUGGGGCACAGGUUUACCUGAGCUGUGAGGUCAUUGGAGUUCCAACCCCAGUACUUACCUGGAAUAAGAUAGCGAAAGGUCAAAGGACAGAGCUGCUGCCAGGAGAUCGGGAGAAUUUAGCUAUCCAGACUCGUGGUGGUCCAGAGAAGCACGAAGUGACAGGUUGGGUGUUGAUAUCGCCUUUGAGUAAAGAUGACGGUGGAGAAUAUGAGUGCCACGCAUCAAACUCUCAGGGAGAGGCUACAGCAUCGGCGAGAAUUACUGUGGUUAAUUCUUUAAAAGAAAUACCCAACGUGAAAGGUGGUGAGGCUGAGCUAUGAAAAGUGAGCAAACGGUCUUGUACGGAGAGGGAAGAAGCUCUCGCAUAUGCCAUGCUUCAGCUGUUAUUCUGGCGUCCACAGCUUCUGUUCUUUUCUAUUCUUUUCUGCUCACUUAUUCCUUCCAUAAUUUUUGCCAAGGUGCCAACUGUGGAAAAGGGCUCCCUGGGGAUCAAGGGGAAUUCUUGUAUUACUACAAGGGUUUCUUAAACUAAUGGAGUGCCACAGUUUAAAUGUGCCAAUUAUUCAGGUUAUUAGAUGCCAGUCUGAUUACCAAUGUGUCAGUUCCUUCAAGAUCAGCCCCCAGCCCAGGAUAAGUGGUCUUCCUUUGUCCUGAGAGGUAGGCAAGCGAGGAAGGAACUUGGUCUUCCUUCAGGCCAGUACAGCAGAUUGGAUCCAGAUUAAAUUUUCUACCAGUGAACAGAGUUUUCUUACCUCUCCUCUGCUGAUAGAAAAAUUAGUCUGGAUCCAACCUGCUGUAUUUGCUCUAAAGGAAAACUAGUUUUUUUCUAGAUGCACCAUCAAGAAUCGGAUCAUCUUAAACACACAUAUAAAUUACAGGUCUGCACAAUUUAAAAAGUUGUGUACAACAUUUUUAGGGGUAGUUGUCUUACAUCCAAGGUAAACAGAGUAUAUGCUAAGGGUGGAAGCUCUUGUCUGGGCUAUUACUAUAUCUCUAGUCCUUGUAAAGGAUGUGUUGAUAUGAAUGCAUUUUUAUAAUCAAGUUUCAUGUAGCUAAAAUAUAUGAAGUAACUGGAGAUAUGUAUGUAUAUGUGAUAUAUCCAACAGAUAAACACAGAAUACUCAUACAUAGUA